AAGAAAGAGGCUUCAAAGUGAAAAGGGAUGUCGCUGGAGGGGUGUCUCCGCUGUUACCAUCAUCGUCAUCAUCACAUGGUGUCCGUGAUGCUAUCAUCAGUCCUCUGCUGUAAUUCUCUUCCUAUCUCAAACAUCCGAAACCUCGUAGAAAGGCCAAGGCUAGGGGAGAGAAUGGUAGUGGUUGCACAGCCUCUGACAUCAUCGAGUCGUACGAGGCUACCGGCUUUAGCAGCAGCUCUUUCAUCCCCACCACCGCUCGAUCUGACGGAAGACAACGUUAGACAGGUUUUAGAUGAUGCCCGUGCGGAGCUGGCGCAGAUCUUCGACUCUUCUGUCGGCAUAACAGGAGUAGUCGAACUUGCUGAUUUAGAUGGACCUUUUGUGAAGAUUAGUCUUAAAGGUCGGUUUUGGCACAAACGUAGUGAUGUUCUGGCCAGAGUCGCUAAUUAUCUGAAGCAGAGGAUCCCUGAAAUCUUGGAGGUGGAUAUAGAAGAUGAGAAACAGUUGGAUGACAGUCCUGAAAACUUUUGAGGAUGGAAAGAAUGUCAAGGGCAACUAUAUCUUGAGAAGGGGCUCUUUUGAAUCCUGUAAAUGUCUAUUUUUGGGCAUAGACACCAGUAUUAUAUGUGUCUUACUGGCAAAACAAGUUGCAGUGCCAUAUCCAAAAACUCAAAACUUCUGAAGCCAAGAAAUUCCUCUUUUGGAUUAGGCUAGCAGUAAAAACUAUUCUAAGGAAGCUUUAGAAAGAAGCUGAAUGUGAUCUCUGCCUGAUGAUAGAAGAGUUUCAAGAAUUCAACACACCGCCACCGUUUGUUGAGUCCCGUGCAACGUCCAUCAAAUGUUUAAUUAUGGAACUUAUUAAUUAGAACUUUCUUUUUCAUUUUCUUCUUACAUUCUGCAUUGCAACCUUCAUGACUCUGCAUUAUAAUUUACAGCCUCCAAAUCAUUAUCUAUUCA